AUGGCGAGCAACGGCAGCUCCACCAAGCCAGCCAAGAUCACCGUACUCAUAUCGGGCAGCGGCACGAACCUCCAAGCGCUGAUGGAUGCCUGCAACACGCCCGCCCUACCCAACGCCACCAUCAUCCACGUGAUAUCGGACCGCAAAGACGCGUACGGACUGAAGCGAGCAGAAGCCGCCGGCAUACCGACGACCUAUCACGGCAUCCUUCCGUACAAGAAGAAGUACCCGGACGACAGCCCAAACCCGCAUUACCAAGAAGCCCGCCGAGUCUACGACGCCGACCUCGCAGAGAUCGUGUGCAGGAACAAGCCCGACAUCAUAGUCUGUGCGGGCUUCAUGCGCAUCCUCUCCACCGCCUUCCUCGCGCCGGUCAAGGCCACCAACACCCCGAUCAUCAAUCUGCAUCCCUCUCUGCAUGGCGAUCUGGUCGGGGCGGGAUGCAUUAAGCGGGCGUGGGAGGAGUUCGAGGCGGGAAAGCGGAAGGAGACGGGGAUCAUGAUUCACUAUGUUAUCGCGGAGGUGGAUAUGGGGGAGCCUAUUGUGCAGGAGAAGAUUGCGAUCGAGGGAUGUGGGAGUUUGGCGGAGUUGGAGGAGAGGAUUCAUGGGAGGGAGCAUGGGUUGAUCGUUGAGGGGACGAGGAUUGUUAUUGAGGGGAGGAGAGGUGAAGGCGAGAACGAAGGGUGA